AUGCAAGCUAUUCGCGUGCAUCCAGCUCCAUCGUCCUGCGAUCCUUAUUCACCCUCCAAUCCGGCGCCUGUUUCUGCCUUGCACCUGGAUAAGGAUGUCCCCAUUCCCAAGCUGUCGAAGCCUGGCGAGCUGCUUAUUCGCCUCAAGGCAACGACAGUAAUUCGGGAUAUGCUGACGUGGCCCGAAUCAUAUACCCGUGAAUAUGCCAUUAUGGGAAACGAUCUGUCUGGAACCGUGGUCAAAUCAUUUGGCGGCAGCAGCAAAUUCAAACCUGGAGAUGAGGUCUUUGGCAUGACACACGUGGAUCGCGCGGCGACCUGGGCAGAAUAUACAAUCGCCAAGGAGGAAGAAAUUGCUCUUAAGCCAAAGAGUUUAACUUGGGAGCAAGCUGCGGCUUUCCCCCUCAGUGCGCACACAGCCUACGAGGCCCUGUUUGUCCAUGCUGACGUUCCUGUUCCCUCUGUGGAUGCUUCCUUGAAGAGCAAGGCUCGAUCCUCCCAUAAAAAGCAGAAAAUAUUGAUCACUGGGGCUGCCGGCGCCGUGGGGAUCUACCUGGUCCAGCUGGCCUCUGCUGCAGGACUGCACGUCGUGGCCGCGACGAGUUGUAACGCUCGAAAUCAAGACUUUCUUCGCAGCCUUGGGGCAGACGGGACGAUUGAAUACGCCCUGUUGGAUGGCCACCAGCCAGACUUCGAUAUCAUUAUUGAUGCGGUUGGUGGUGACGUGUUGGCCAGGUGCUGGGCCUGCGUGAAAGGCGACGGAACAUUGGUCUCCGUGGACUCUGCCAGCUAUGACUUCGUCAAGGAGCAUGAAAGGCGUGGAAUACGCAGGGCGGGGGUUCGGGCCUUGUUUUUCAUUGUUACCGGGAGCAGCGAGACUCUGCACUAUUUGGCGGAACUUGCAGAGCGAGGCAUUCUAGGGUCUCGGGUUGUUCAGACGUACCCUUUUGAUAGGGUGCGAGAGGCGUAUGAGCAUGCUAACGGACGGUAUACGGGACGUGGCAAAGUCGUUCUUAUUAAUUGA